GCCCCACGGCGUGUUGGGCCGGGCGGAGAGUGGUCCCCGGGGUGUCCUGAGGAGCACCGUGCGGGUAUCGGUUAUGGCCGUUUUAAGGAAUGCUUUUUUUUCUCCCCCGUUAUGUUUGUAUUUGUCUUUUAACGCCCUGAUCCGUUUCAGCUCAGUCUGGAAGGUGAUGCUUUUACUAAGGGAAGGGAUGCAGCUGGUCCGUUUCCUCCAGCUGUCACAGCGUUGUCACAGCGCUGUGUUAUUGUGUCAAUCUUUUAUCGAUGGGAAGGUGACUUUCUUGGUCAAGUGUUGGCUGAGUGUUUUGUCUGAGCACUUUCUGCUGUCACUGACAUACAAAGGAAGCCGUGUUACUGGUACUGAUCUUGGAAUACGAGCUGUUUUCUGGCUGGGGCUGCACCACCAGGUGUGCCACUCUUACUCAACCCACGCACAAUCUGACGUUGAUAUGUGGAUAUAGGUGUGAAGCUGUGGUGUUGCAGCUGAAGCGACACCACCUUGGGUGCUCAUGGUGGUACCUUGUUCUCACUCACUCAGGCUGUUGCCCUUGGUGUAGCACUUAUCCAAUAGCUGCUGCCUUGAUAAGUCAUAACUUUGCUGUGUGCUCGUGUUACUCUGACAGAAAAGACUUUUGUGCUGUGAUGUUAUAGGUUCCCUACUCACUUAACUUGGCACACGUAUAAUUAAUAGGAAAGAUGCACUCACGUUUUUCUUUUGCUCUGCAGUGUAUUCUGCACUCAUCACAGAAUCACAGAAUUACCCGGGUUGGAAGGGACCUCAAGGAUCAUGUAGUUCCAACCCCCCUGCCUGGCAGGGCCACCAAACAUGUUUGUGAAGGUGCAAAAGUGAACUGCUUUGAGAGACUGAUUUGGCUGGAAGUUAAUUCAGCCACUAUCUGUUGUCUGCUGUGAUUGAUUCACUGCGUGGUAGGACUCUGAGAGAGUGGGGUUGCCCUUUGUGAUGAUGGUGGUUGUUCUUAUGGGAUCUCCUUGGAGCUGCAUCUAUGGAAGAGAUGGCAGGUGUCUGUGGUGGAGUUAAAAGUCAGCUGUUGGUGUAACCCAUCCCAAAGGUGUGGAAAGAUAAUACUGUGUUUGGCACUUAAGCUGGGCUGAGCAGCUUGCCUCUGGCCAUUUACUUUUAGGUGUUGUUCACUAUUACCUUAGCCCUAUAAAUUGUUGUCAGAGUAGCCCUGCAAUUUGUCUUGCUAAUGAGAUCCAGGUUGAAAAAAAGUUGGUUUUUUUUUUUGGCUUAUUUUUUUAAAUAGAAUGGAUUUUUAGUAUGAUUAAUGUCAUUUUACUUCGUAGCCUGAUGGGCAGUGACACAGUCACAGCUAAGGGGAUGGUUAACAGGGAUACCACAGUAUGACAGGCAUUAUUAGCACUCGGUCUUUCUUUUUGCUGUGUCUGCAGUAGGUUGGCAGUGUAAAUGGGCUGUCACAAAACUUGUGACACUACUGUGUUUGGGGAAAAAACUUAAUCUAGGAAGCAGCUUUCACUGUGUGAGUCAAAGUGAGAUGAUUUAAUACAGCUCUUUAACCUGUAUUUUGCACUCUGGCAUGUGCUGAAGCCCAGUAUAGCUCGUUCUCAGAAUAUAUACUGUGAAUAUUUUUUUCCAUUGAAGUUUUUGCCCACCAAGAGGUGUUCAGCCAGCACUGCUUAUCUAAAGGCGAUAUUAAUGCAGGAGAUACGUGUAUAGAUUGUUUUCAUUUUGUAGAAUGGCUGUUUACAAAAUCAGAGGAAGAGAAAAGCUGGGAUUAUGCUGUUUUCCAAACAGUGGAGCUAAAUGAGAUCGAAAUAAAAUCAGCAGCAGAUUCAUUGGGUCAACACGCUCUGGUAAAGUUUGAACAAAGCUUUUCAACCUGUACGACUUAAGACCCCCUCCACAGAAGCUGAGGAAAGGUGGAGAAUUGAACAGUAGUGUUAACAAGUGGCGUUUUGAAGCUGUCACCGAGAGACGAAUUCAGACAUAAGCCUGAGAGAAAGAGGCAUUGAAGCUGCAGUGAGGAAGGAGGACUUGGAAGAGGGGAGUGUGAGCAUAGAAGAUGUAGUACAUGAAAUGUAGGCACUGAUGGGAUAAAGGCACGAGGUUGAAGAGUGGAAGAGUUACUGUCCCUGUGCUUCACAUGGAUUGGAAUAUGAAAGGAACGUCCUUUGAGAUUUCUUACUCCCUUUUCUUGAUUCUGGGCAUUGUGUUUUUGAGAUGACGGGCGCACAUUCCCAAGGUAUCAGCAUUGGUCUUACGUGUAACAGAGAUGCUGACUGCGUAUUAGAUGUUGGAAGAGUGGAUGUUGUAAGUUUCUUAGUAACUGAGGAAAACCAUGGGAACUGGAAGAGCAUGGAGUGACAGCAGGGGUUUGGGAGACGUUCACCGAGUCUCCGCUCUGAGUCUUCACUGGAACAGAGUUUGCGGAUUACUGUUGGUAAUGACCGGUAUUGCAUUGGCACACCGGAGAGAAGGAGGCUGCCUGAUAGACUGGGCUCACCAAUUGAUAACCUGAGUGACAGGGAUGACAUGGCUGAUGGUCCCAUAUUCACCAGAGGCCUCUCAUGCUCUCGAGGCUUGGACAGGUACCUGUCACAUGAAGAUCACUCUUCAAGUCCCUUCAACAUGAGGCAUGAUGAAGACUACCGCAACCGAGAUGUUUUUCUUCAUCGUUCAGAUUAUAGUCCACAUUACGGUCGUCGAGAAGAGCUGCCUCGUGGAUCUGACAGAGAUGGUGACAAAUUUAGGAAAUCUUUCUACCCAUCGAGACCGGAAGAGAGGGGACGAGAAAUAAAGCGUCCACGAUAUGAAAAAGAUGAGAAAUUGCACUGUAUGAGUGGAGAGCAUCCAGGUUUCUCAUCAGGAACACGAAACUAUCGCAGACGAAGCCACAGCCUUAGCCGCAGUAGAAGUCCAAGCCCGUCAUACCUGAAUGAAGAGUUCCGAGAGCUUGACCGAGCCAGGAGGAAAAGAGAAGAGGAAGAACGUAAUAGAAACUUGAAUCAUGACAUUUCAGACAGUGGUUAUGCCAUCCCAGGCUUGACUAACACACUACAGACUUCUGAGCCUCGUUACACAUAUAGGCCUGAGGAAAUACCAUCCAUGCCCAAAAAAUCUAUAUUGAAGAAGAGAGUAGAGAUGGAAGUAGAGUCUCCUAUUCAGCCUGAGGAGUUUUCUAGCGGCCCUGCUCCCAGCAAGGAUCUUCCUCUUCUUUCUAGUCAUUCAUCUUUACCCCAGAGCAACAGCACAGCUCCAUUUUCCUCUGAAGUGGAGAACUUUCUCAAGCGAUUUAACAAAGAUUCUGUUAUGGAGUCUGCAAACAAAGAGUUACAUGAUAACUUAUAUGAGUGGAACCCACUUUCUGGGGCUCCCAAAGACACUUUUACAUACGGAGAGAAGUUUGGAAGCUUCUUAAGUCACAAGGAGAAAAUAGAACCCAAAUCAGAGCCUGCUGAUCGUCAUACCGACUUCCUACUGCCUCAUGAGAGGGCCAGUCAGGAUGGCAGUGGUUUCUCCCGAAUUCUGGGCAUGAUGGCUGAUUCUGUCAGUGCUCAGGAGAAGAGGAGGCGUAGUUUUCCUGACAUUGAGGAUGAAGAGAAAUUUCUUUAUGGCGAUGAGGAUGAAGACACUAAAACUGAAUCACACCUCAUUCAAAAGCCUCCUGUGAGUUGUAGCACUGAAGUAAGAAGCCAGAAGGUGAGCCUGCCUCCUUCUCCCGCUUCAGCUGUCAAGCUGGAUUCUUUAGAAGAGCCUAAUGUUGAGUAUGCCAAGAUUCAUGACUUACUCAAAACCAUUGGACUUGACAUUGGUGUUGCUGAAAUCGGAAGACUAGCCAUUCGUACUCAGGAACGCCUUCAUGGCAAAAAGUUGUCGUCCCGUUCUCCUGAUCGUCGCUCUUCAGAUACUCGCAGAACAGACCCUUGGGACUUACGUCGAAGCCGGUGUGGCACUCGUUCUCCAGACUCAGGCCAGCAGCACUCAGCAUCACCUCCCAUUUCUUUCCAGCAGUCUAAAGAUCCAUCCUCUCUUCAGAAAUCAGGAUAUACAAAGAGCAAGCUAGGAGGACCAGACGUACCUCCAUGUGCACCAGAUCAACCUCUUCCUUCCGUUUCUCUCAUUCCCUCAGUUCCACCAGCUCCUGCUAAUUUACCAUCUACACCUACUUCUGUUUCCCAAUAUCAAAUUCCCAACUAUUCCCAGUUCACUGCCACUCAGAUGCCCCCAAACUAUCCACCUCCCGCAUUGGCCCCUCCAGGAUAUGAUGCAUAUGGGCAUUAUAUGGCUUACGCAGCUCCUGGCUGGACCAUGUAUCCCCCUACCCAGCAGCCUAAUCCUGCGUUGCCAGAGGCUCACGGGCUUCUUACUAUGGCCAUGUCAGCGAACCCUACACGUCCCAACCUCCGGGUUAUUGAGACAGUCUCUAUGGAAAAGGAUGCCGCUGAUGUGAAAAGAGACGGUUCUGUGCUUGUUCGUGUCCCUACCACUCCUACUCAUUCCAAAGCGCCCCUUCGUCCAUCUUCACACCCUCCCAAAAGUACUCCAGAAAAAAUAUCAGAUGAAAAAAACCGAGCGGCUCAGAAGCAGAAGGUGAUAGAAGAGAGAGAAAAACUGAAGAAUGAGCGAGAAGCUCGGCAGAAGAAGCUUUAUUAUCUGAAGACUGAACUGGACAGGCUUCGUAAACAGCAAGGAGAGAUGCUAAGGAAAAAACGACGUGAGAAGGAUGGACACAAAGACCCUUUGUUGGUUGAGGUGAACAGACUUCAAGAGAAUAUUAUGAAGGAGAUUUCAGAGCUCCAUAAAGAAUCUGAUGCAGCAGAUAAGAAGCAGUCUGAGCUUGACAAAGUAGCACAGAUCUUGGGGAUUAACAUAUUUGAAAAAUCCCGGAAGCCAUCUGUGGAAACCAAAGAUUCCUCAGAAAAGAACAGCAAGUCAGAAAACACAAAAGCCCCGGAGAAGGCAACUUCCUCUAAUAAGGAAUCAAAACCCACUAAUGAAAAAUCCAAAGGCAGAAGCCCGAAGCCAGCAGAAUCCUCUUCACAGUCCUCCAAACAUCCUUUCCAGUUGGCCAGUAUUUAUGAGUAUUAUGAUGCAGGGAACCACUGGUGCAAAGACUGCAAUACCAUCUGCGGGACCAUGUUUGAUUUUUUCACACAUAUGCAUAAUAAGAAACACAGACAGACCCUGGAUCCUUACAACAGACCUUGGGCUUCGAAGACCCAGAGCGAGACCAAACAAGACUCCAUAAAGCGCAUUGAUAAGAUAACUGUUCCUGCCAAAGGGUCUGAGUUUCUGAUUCCCAUCACUGGUUAUUACUGCCAGCUCUGUCAUGAAUUUUUUGGAGAUCAAAUCUCAGCUGAGCAGCAUGUGAAAAGUCAUCCUCACAAUGAAAAAUACAAGAAAUAUGUAGAUGAAAACCCUCUCUAUGAAGAAAGGAGAAAUCUUGACCGUCAGGCUGGACUGGCUGUAGUUCUAGAAACGGAGCGCAGGCGGCAGAAUGAACUGAAGAGGAAACUAGUUGAGAAACAGAAAGAAGAGAAGGAUGAGAAGAAAGCAAAAGUAAUAAAGAAAGAGGAAACAAAGAACAGCCCAGAGCUUGGAGAAGGAGCUAAUGAAAGUCAAGACAAAACAGAUUCUUCUGAGCGAAAAAUGGGUAUUAAGCUUAAGCUGAAGAAGGAAGAGAAGAAAGAGGAUAAAAAAGAGGAAAAGAAGGAGGAAUCUAAAAAGGAAUCACCGAGUCAGACAUCAUUUGGAAAAUUCAGCUGGAAGAAGGCUGAGAGAGAGGAUAAAGCCCCAGGAGCAGCUAUUCCGAAGGAGGAGAAUAUGGAGGGAAACAAAGAGGAGAACAAGUUUCAGUCUGGGAAACUCCAUGCCAAGUCCAUUGAAAUCAAACUGUCUGGGAAAACUGUUAUUCCACACACUAGCCCAUGGACACCAGUUGCUUAUACAUCAACACAGUCAAAAAUUCUGCCCAAUCUGCCAGUCCCCACUAUGAUUUUCAGGAAAUCUACUUCUGCAACAGUUAGCAAACCAGCACCUUUGAACACUUUUUUAUCCAUCAAAUCCUCUGGAGCCACUACCAAACCACUACCCGUGGUAAAAGAAACAAAUGCAGAUCUUCUGCUGCCUCCAGAUAUCAUCUCAAAAGCUUUUGGAGGAGAAGAGGUAAUAUUAAAAGGGUCAGAGGAGGAUAUGAAUGCACCAGAGAAAAGUGAGCCUUCUGAGUCUUCUGAUAUACCGCCUCCUCCACCUCUUCCACCUGCAGUCCAGCCAGCUGCUGUCAUUCCUGCAGAUGAAGUAGCUCCAGGUGUGUCUGAAAGUGAACAGACAAUGCUGGCGAUGCCUGUAAGGCCCCCUCCUCCACCACCACCUUCAACUGCUUUUAGUGAACAGGCAAAAAAGAUAGAGAAACGAAACUCCUGCCUGGCCACUGCCAAUGCUAAAGAUCUCUAUGAUAUUUUCUACAGCAGUGGUGGGAAGGGUUCAGCUGACGGCAAGCUUGCAAGUUCUACGCUUCCAAAUGGAGAAAACUCUAACCUAGCAAAAUCUGCAGAUUUUCCUGCAAACUCUAGGACAGUCAGUAGCUUAUCCUCCUUUAAAGAGGAAUCUCAGAAUGUGGCUACUGAAGUUUGCCAGGGCCACUCAGAUGAGCCAGGCUCAGUAAUGGAGAAAACUGGUUUUCAGGACAUUUUAAUACCUAAUUUUGAAACGAGUACUGACACUGAAGGUGAUAUUCAGAAGGAUGUAGAUCAAAAAUUCCAGACUCUUCCAACAGAUAUUCAGAUUAAAUUGAAAGAUGGGGAUGCUUCACAGGGUAGUAAUCAAGUAAUGGACAGUUGUAUUCUUGAUGAGAAUCACACUGAAAGGAACAAGGAGAUAUUUCAGCCUCAGCUAUCAGAUAUGUCAGUCACAGAACUAAAAGCAAAACCUGAUUCUCAGAUUCAGAUGCCUGCAGAAGAGGGACUUGUGGAUGUAGCAAGUCGAGUGCAAGCAGACAACAAAGAGUUCUGUGAUCUGCAGAGAACGGAGAUCCAAGAGAAAGUUGGACAGGAAGAUGCAAAUGAAGUUGCAGUUAGUAACACAAAUGCUUCUGGCACUUUGGAGAAAGACGAGGAGAUGAAAGACAAGGAAAUAAAAGCAGUAAGGCCUGAGCUUAUGCUAGAACAGGUUGAAAAUCAAAGUUUGGUAGAGGAAAAUUUAAGUGAUAGCUUUAGAACUGUUUCAGAAACUGAUAGUCCACACUUGCUUAGUGAUUCUCAAAACAUUUUAAAAGAAAAAGCUUUAGUAGCAGUAAUGACAGAGCAAAAUUCUAUUGAUGCCUCCUUAAAAGAUGUGAAACUGAAGAGUGCAGCUUUGGAAGUACCAGGAGUCCUUGGCAAAGCUCCCCAGAUUUCAGAAACUCAAAGUAAGAUUUCAGAAUUGACAAGAAGCCCCCCAAAGCAUUCCCAGAAUGCUUCUGGGAACAAUAAUAGAGAAGAACAGGUCGUGGCAACCACUUCUUGUUCUGAAAGUGGUUGGAAAUUAUCAAACACUUCAAAUGUAGAAAUGAAAAAUGGUUCUAAUAAAAUUAGUGCUUCAAGAUUGACAGAGGGAGAGACAGAGACAUCUCUUAGUAAUCCCAAAUCUAGAAGUAGCACAUUAGAAGCACAAGAAAAAGUUCGACCAGAACUGUCAGGUCGUGCAGUAUUAGAUAAGCAAACCCAAAGGCAGGAGGUUGCUUGGUUAGUCAGUGCCUGCUCAGGGAGCAUUGUUGAACUCAGAUCCAGUGUAGAACUAGUAGUUGAAGUUGAUAAAAAGUCACUAGGACACAGUGGAUCUGAUGAAACAUUAGAUGAUAUUUUUGCUAAGAGAGAUGCUAAAGGAGUAGGAAUGGCAGGUUUUUCUAGGGCUUGCUCUGAUCUUGUCCAAGAGUCAGCAGUUGCUUUACCAGCAGAUUUCAGUGAGCAUCAUUUAGAAGAGGCUGUCAACAAGCAAACAAAAUACGAGGCUGUAAGAACCUCAGCAGCCAAUGACUUUAGUCUGAAUACCACUUAUUCAGGAUCUAAUACCAAGCAAUCUGAAAGUCUCUCUCCAAGUGUUAGUGAGGAUAACAAGAAAGACUCCUUGAGAUCAGAAAAUACAAAAUGCAGUGAGACUCCCUCUGAGAAAGCAGAGCUUGAGUUUAAAAGCACAGACUUUAAUUUGGGAAGUACUAAGGCAGUACAUGAAGACAUCAGUAUCCUUCCAGCAGGACUUUUAAAUACAAAUUUGAAAGAAGUUUCAAAACCAGAAACUACUGCAUCCAUUAAACUGGAGUCAAACAAACUGAGCAAGCUGGGCACUGGAAAAACAGUGGAUGAAACAGAGAUUACUGAUUCUGUCACUCUUACCUCUGGUAGUUGUGAAGAUAAACUUUGCAGCCAGGUUUCUCAGACAGCUGCAUCGCAGCUUGGAUUGCAACCCUCAAACAAUGACACUAUGAAAGCAGUCACACCAGUUCCAGAAAUGCAGGGCAUUUCUCCCGUGUCCGAGAGCCUUCGGCAAGUGGAGGAGAGCAAAGGUGGUGCUGAAAUGCUGUCACUGAGCUGCGAUGGAGGCAGCAGACAAAGUCAGGUAUCUGGUUGUGUGGAAACGUUCCUUCCUGGACUCAAAGAAACACAUGGAAAGGAGGAUGGCUCAGGAGGCAAGAGACUAUGCGUUAUCCAGAGCAAGAAGACUGAGCAAACAGAAACUACUGAGAGUAGUUUGGAAGCUACAGCAAAUUCAGGAAUUACUGAAAGCUUAGCAGAGAGCCCAGUGGGUUGAAUUGAACCCAGCCAGCCCCAAUAUUUGAGGAGCCAGAGCCGGGAUGAUGUGUAUGGUUUUGUUUGUUUGUUUUGUUCCAGUUGAGGGGUUUGGGUGCACUUUGCAUCACAAAAUCACACAAUAUCAGGGAAGGGACCUCAAAUGGUCAUGUAGUCCGAUUGCCCUGCCUGAGCAGAAACACUUAGGACAUCGCAGCAUCGUAGGACACGGCUAAAUUGAAACUUAACACCAUCAGAAACCAGACACAUGUUAUUCUGUACAUAGUUAACUGUGUAAAAUGUUUUUUCAUGUGAAUUUUUUGCCGAUUUCUUUUCUACACUUCUGCUAUUAAAGUGGAAUCUCUCGUUUAUAACGCGUGCGUCUUUGUUGUUUAUUUUGGGGGCUUCUGUUGUUUGAACGCUUCCGGAUGAUUUCCAGCUCACCUUGUUUCUGUGAGUAGCAUCGCAAGUAGUCCAACCUCUGGGACAAGCUCAAGAACAGCAAUUUAGAACUUGAGGAAAUGGAGACUUGCAGAAGAACUAAAACUGAACAUUGCUUUAAACUGUAAUGCAUGGUUUUGUUUACUUUCAUUGUUUGAAAUGCAAGAAAUGUGAUUUAUCUUCUGUUUGUUUGUUUAUCUGUCUUUGUGAUUUGUAAUCACUGCUGUAUUACAUCUGUACUUAAGCUGUUUCACUGUAUUGUAUAAGCACGUUUAUGGAUGCCACAUCACUAAUCAAGGGGAGAAAAUCUGUCCGACUGGCUUUUGGAGAAGAAGACUAAUCGGUAAGGCUCUGUGGCCUGACACCUGGAUCAGACAUAUUGAGGUCACUUACAUGUUUUGAAAUGGGCUUUCUUUCAUUGUAUUGUGAUCCAGUAACUGUUUGUGUUAAAUCGUUUAGCAGCUGACCAGCUCUGAAGACGUAGAAGAUCAGAACCCUGGUGUCAGGAAUUGGACUCGCUUCAUUGAUAGAGACACAUGCAUGCCUACCCUGAAUGAUCCUAGAGCCAGCAGAAGCUCUAGAGUGAUGGUUUUCAUUUGUAUAGCUCGUUAAAGACUAAAGUAUUAAAUGUGUUUGCUUGGAUAAAUUGAACAUUUUUAUUUGUAAAUUGUUUAAAAAAUAAACAUACAGUGUUCAACAAGA